UUUUCCCUUGCUUGCUCGUCAACCGUAUCAUUUUGUUACUAUCAUUUUACACAUAUAGCUCCAUUCAUAUCAUGCCUACAUUAAAUCAAUCAUAUGUCUCUAAAGGUUCUUGGAGAUCUGACUUAUUCAAAGGAAAAGUUGUAUUUGUAACUGGAGGUGCUGGUACCAUCUGUAAAGUUCAAACAGAAGCUUUGGUGUUAUUAGGUGCCAAUGCUGCUAUUGUUGGAAGAAACAAAGAAAAAACUGAUGCUGCUGCCAAAGACAUUGCCAGUUUACGUCCAGAUGCCAAAGUCAUCUCAUUACCUAAUAUUGAUGUCCGUGAUGUUAACUCUUUAGUUACAGCUGUUAAUAAGACUGUGGAAGAAUUAGGUAGAAUUGAUUUUGUCAUUGCAGGAGCAGCCGGGAAUUUCUUGAGUGAUUUCAAUCAUUUAUCUUCAAAUGCAUUCAAAUCGGUUGUUGCUAUUGAUUUAUUGGGUUCUUUUAAUACCAUCAAGGCAUGCUUUGAGCAAUUGAGAAAGAACAAGGGGGCAAUUAUAUUCGUUAGUGCUACAUUACAUUACUACGGUGUUCCAUUCCAAAUUCAUGUUGGAGCUGCUAAAGCCGGUGUCGAUGCAUUAUCAAAUGCGCUUGCUGUAGAAUUAGGCCCAUUGGGUAUAAGAUCAAACUGUCUUGCCCCAGGCCCAAUUGACAAUACCGAGGGUCUUCAAAGAUUGGCUAAAGGUACAAAGGAUCAAAUGGCAGCCAAUAUCCCAUUACAAAGAUUAGGUACCACUGAAGAUAUUGCUGAUGCUACUGUCUAUUUGUUUUCACCAGCUGCUUCAUAUGUCACUGGUGAUGUAUUAGUUGUUGAUGGUGGAAGUUGGCAUGUCGGAAAUCUUGGUAACAGGGAUUAUCCAGUUAACAUUAUUAAAGCAUUAGAUGCUCCAGGUAGUAAGUUGUAAUUGUGUAUAUAAAGCUAUAUAAGAAUCAAUAUAUCAUAUGUAAUGG